UUACACAAAAUAAUACUCAAAAUUUGGAUGAAGGACAACACGAUCGGUCUGAGUAUAAGUAAAACUACGUAUGGAGACGAGGUUCUUGCCGCCCAGAAAAACAAGUCUGUAGUGCAGAGUGCCAGUAACAACACCACCAUGCUGAAGACGGCUUGCUCGUCGAGGGUCCUCCUCCCAGAAGGAUUUGAGGUGAUUUGUAAUGAAACAAGAGUCGUCCCCAUCCACCCUUUGCAAGGAACUUUAUGCAGUUCGAACGGGAAGUGGACAGUUCGCAAUAUUCUUCAAAAAGUGUGCGUGGACACACUUAUGCCCCCAGAAGCUCUCACGUUUUUUGAAAAAGAUGAACUCGCCAUCAUCAUCAAAGCAGUGGAAGAGUUGAAGAAUUCGUUGGUAUUUGGGGACCGUGAACUAGUCUUCAUAGACGAAACAGAAGAAGGGGAUCGACCACUGGGCGACCCGAUUCUCAGGGCAAAGAUUGAACAAGGGACUUCGAAAAUUUGCAACUUGGAGGAACAGCUGCAUCAGGCCUCGCUUCGUGAAGAAAAGUUGCUCAAGGAGUUGGAGGAUGAGAAAAAAGCUCACAAUGAGACAAAACAAAAGUUGGUGGCGAUGAAACGAGAACGAGCUUUGUUGCUGCGUGCAAAUUCUGAAAAGAGGAAUGAGAACUGUGUUCCCCUCUCAAACACCACCAAAUCACCAGUGAAAAGGAAGAAAUGACAUAAUCUUUCUUGAAAUUAUCAGUUUUUCUUGUGAUCAAUCAUUAGACAGAAACAAUUAAAGACAACCUUUUUUGAGUGUUGUCGUAAUAUCGCCUUGCUUA